CGGGCUGCCCCUCCGGCACCUCCGGCCGCUACCCGGGCCCGGCGGCCACCCGGGCCCGGCGGCAGCGACCACGCGGCCGGCCGGCCGUCCCCCGGCGAGCGCGGCCUGGCGCCGGGCCGCCCCGGGAGCCCUGCUCGCCAGCGCCGCCGCCGCCCCCGGGGCCCGCCCGGGCGAGACCGGCGGCGCGGCCCGGCUGGCUGGGCGCAUGGAGCGGCCGGGGGAGGGCGGCGAGAUGGCGGCGCUGCGGGCGGCCAAGCGGGCGCUGCGCGGGGAGCUGCGGCAGCGGCUGCAGGCGCUGGGCGCGGCGGAGAAGCGGCGGCAGUCCCGCCUGCUCAGUCGCAAGGUGAUUGGCCAUCCCAAGUACCAAGAAUCCAAAAGAAUUGCAAUCUUCCUGAGCAUGCCAGAUGAAAUCCAGACAGAAGAAAUCAUUAAGGACAUUUUUAAGCAAGGCAAAGAGUGUUUCAUCCCACGUUACAAGCCUCACAGCAAUCACAUGGACAUGCUGAAGUUAUCAUCACCUGAAGACAUUUCUUCACUUACUUUGACAUCCUGGAAUAUUCUUCAGCCUAGUGACGAUGACAGUGCAAGAGAGGAAGCUCUUGCUAGUGGAGGUCUUGACCUUAUCUUCAUGCCAGGCCUUGGGUUUGACAAAAAAGGCAACAGAUUGGGAAGAGGGAAAGGAUAUUAUGAUACCUAUCUUGAAAGAUGUAUGAAACAUCCCAGUGGAAAGCCUUACAUGAUUGCGUUGGCUUUUAGGGAACAGAUUUGUGAAUCGGUGCCUGUUGCAGAAAAUGAUGUCCAAGUAGAUGAAAUCCUUUAUGAAGACUGCUGAAAGCAUCUUGAUACCAACCCACCUUCAGACUGACCAACCAAAGAUGUCAUAUACAUCAAACAUGAUUUAAGAGUCAUAUGUGACUUUGGGAGCAAUAAGAUACACUAUUUGUAUUUGAACCAAAAAAAACCCACAACAGUGUAAAUGUGGUAAUAGUAGUGAUGAUUGCAUUGAUUUGCUUCUAAUUAGCAAAUAUCUGGUGUGAAUUCUUAUUCUAGAAUCAAUAGAAACAAGAAUGUGUGACUGUUUAUUACAGUAAGGACCAUUUCUUGUCAUCAUGUGUUUGAGGAACAAGCUACUUGAUACUUAACAGUUUUAUUACUCCAGUUUAAAAGUAAACUGUCAACUAAUGGCAUUCUGGAAUUAGACACUUGUUGUGGUAAAAGUUCUUAGUACUUAAAUAUUAUUUGCAUCCAUGAGCAAAACAAGAAACUGCCAGUUAAGUCCUGUAGUAAGCUGGGCAAAAAAUGGUGAUUGGAAAAAAGCCUUAAUUGAUUUUAGUGUAUACAAUAGUUUUGACUGUUUACUUGGCUCGUAAAAUUGUUUUAAAAUAAAGGGAGUAUCUCUUAAUAGAAACAGAUUCCUGUCCAUA